UACACACGGCUACACACGCGGGGAAGGACGGAGGUGGGAGGGGGCCUGUGACGUCAGCCCCCCAUGCUGUCACUAUUGACGUCUCGCAUUCCAGCCACUCCACGGGGAGACUUCUAGGGUUCCUCUCUCAUAAAUGAUGGUCACACACACAGAGAGUGCGGGGACACUACUAGGGAACCGUCCUUAGCAGGAUCCAGCUCAGCCUUAGCUGAACAUUUAUUAUUUAUACACCAAUGCACAGUACAGCAAGUCCCACCUCUGGCUCCCUGACUACACCAGACGCUCGCUUGAACAUCUUCAAUGUGGAAAUCAUUUAUUUACUAAUUAGCUCUUGCUGUUCAUAAAGAAGAAAUAUUUUUGCUAGACAAAAGGAGACACCACAUCACAAUAUUUUUUUUUUUAUUUUUUUUUUAGAAGACUUUUCCUAUAGUGUUGUAAAGACGGAAUCUUCACAGCAACCAAAUUGCAGGUCGAAGGAACGGCCAUCACAAAGCCCUGCCAUAUCCACUGCUGAUCCAGAUCCAAAUUUAGUUUCUCCUCAAGUUCCUUUUCUAAGCAGCCAACCAAACAUUUCCACCAUUCAGCAAGGAAGAUAUCCUACAGAAAUGCCCUGUGUACAAUAUAAUCCCAUGCCGCCUGGUUCUGCCUACAUAACACAACUUUAUGGUCACGAAUUCAGUACGGAAAUGAUGAACUCUACAAGUACAAAAUGUAACACGGAAUUAAGCAGCACAGAGAUUACUGCUGCAGCCACCACGUCUUUGCCAAGUUUUAGUACUUUCAUUGAGGGAUAUUCAGGAAGCUAUGAACUCAAGCCAUCCUGCUUGUACCAAAUGCAAACAUCUGGACACAGGCCACUGAUAAAGAUGGAAAACCCUCAAUUGGUCAGCUACCAAAGUCCAAUUUCUCAGCAAAGAGAAGAUGCUAUACCAAACACUUCAAUGUAUUUUAAAUCAUCUCCUACAUCAACUUUAUCUACAUCAGGAUUUUCCACUCACCAGUCACCACAUUGGGAAGAGCCUCACACCUUGUCAGGUACACAUUCAUGUGUGACUCCGAGUCAUUUGAUGGAUUCUUCAAGUAGGACUGUUUCUCCAAGGUUUCCAAUUUUUCACUUUAAGAAUUCUCCUCCACACACCCCAAUGCCUAACCCCCAGGUGUGCUACGAUUCUUCUCAUAAUAUACCAGUAGGCCCUCAAGGAGACUCAACACAGUUAUCGAUGGAAUCCUUGGCAUUCAAUCUACCAAUAGCAAAAGUGUCAAAUCUAGUCUAUUCCCCACAUGCAAGUGGCCCAGCUAUGGUAGGUGAGAGCAGAAUUCCAUCACCACCCAGUAGAAGUUCUUCAACUGGUGAGGGAACUUGUGCAGUGUGUGGAGAUAACGCAGCAUGCCAACACUAUGGGGUUAGGACAUGUGAGGGAUGUAAAGGCUUCUUUAAGAGAACAGUACAGAAACAUGCCAAAUACGUUUGCUUGGCAAGUAAAUCCUGUCCCGUGGACAAAAGACGAAGGAAUCGUUGUCAGUAUUGCAGAUUUCAAAAAUGUCUUAGUGUUGGCAUGGUUAAAGAAGUGGUAAGAACAGAUAGUCUUAAAGGAAGAAGAGGAAGACUGCCUUCAAAACCAAAGAGCCCCUCUCAUCAAGAAUCAUCUCAGCCGACUCUGUCAUCUCCUCCAGUCAGCAUGUUAGAUGCUCUGGUCCAAGCGUUAGUAGACUCUACACCCAGGGACCUCGACUACUCUACAUACUCUGCUGAUACUGGCCAGGCUGCUGCAGGCACAGAUACGGAAUGUAUUCAACAAUUCUACAAUCUUCUUACUAUCUCCAUUGAAAUCUCUAAAAAAUGGUCAGAAAAACUUCCUGGAUUUGCAGCACUUCAAAAAGAUGAUCAGACAUUAUUGAUUGAAACAACAUUUCUUGACCUUUUUGUAUUAAGGCUUUCAAUCAGGUCAAAUGUUUCUGCAGAUGAAUUUGUGUUUUGUAAUGGACUUGUGCUGCAUAGACUUCAGUGCCUUCGUGGAUUUGGAGAAUGGUUGGAAUCAAUUAGAAAUUUUUCAUUACAUUUACAGAGCCUUAACCUUGAUAUCUCAACUGUAGCUUGUCUAUCAGCUGUGUGUCUUGUUACUGAACGACAUGGUCUAAAAGAGCUAAAAAAGGUGAAUGACUUGCGUAAUAAAAUAAUCUGUUGUUUAAAAGAACACUUAGCUUCAGAUGACCAAAACAAAGGACACAAACAAGACAUUUCAGCAGUAUUAAGCCUUCUUACAGAUCUACGUGCUCUGUGUACAUUGGGACUGCAACGUAUAUUUUACCUGAAGCUCGAAGAUUUGGUUCCACCACCUCCUAUGAUUGACAAGCUGUUUCUGGACACAUUGCCCUACUGAAGCUAGUGAACCAGUACCAUCCAUAUAAUAUUAUGUUCUUGAGAAAGACACCACCAACAAAAAGAGAAUUAGUUGUCUUAAAAUAUAAUUAUAUUUUAAAACCAAUGAGUUAAGGAUUUCUGUUAUUUUACCAUUUAUAUCAGAGGUUCUCAAACUCGGUCCUCGUGGGCCCACACAGUGCAUGUUUUGCAGGUAACCCAGCAGGUGCACAGGUGUAU